CGCUGUAGAAAGUGAGACGGACAGGGAGAAGCAGCAGAGAUUUAAAAAACACACACAUACAGACAGACGCAGACAAGCAGGUAGGCAGAGGAGCGGACCUUAAACUUACCAGACACACUCUUCAAACACUCUCACUCUCUCUCUCUCUCACACACACACUCAGUCGUCGGUAGCAGCAUGUUCCGGUGGAGGCUCCCCCAGGCAGUGUGUGCGCUGUCGGUGUGCAUGUGUCUGAUUCUCGCCUAUGAGGAUGAUAUUGAGGUCAACUACGCUGACUCCUACUUCAAUGAAAUCACAGUUGGAGAGACACCAGAACCCACACCCAGUCAAACCCCCUGCAGUUCACCAGACCUGACAAAAUGGGACAAGAUCUUCUCAAUGCUGGAAAACAGCCAGAUGAGAGAGAACAUGCUGCUUCAGUAUGCAGAUGACAUCAUCAAGGUGGAGAUGGGGUCACUGCGCGGAGAAUUGCUAAGGUUCAUAGCCCAAUAUGGUGCGUCCUGUGGGGUUGCAAUGGAGACAGCAGGAAGAAGGAUGACCUUGCAGUUGGAGGGCCGUCUCAGAGAAACCCUGGAGCGCCACAGACCCAGAGAACAGAGGUCUUCUGCUGCUGGGAACGGGAAUUCCAACCACCUGGUGGCGAUGCUACAGCAGAUCCUCUCCGCAGCACAAACACAAAAUUCACGACUUGCCAAGCUGGAGACCAGCUGCUUCGGCAGCCCAGGAGCUGGGAUGGGGUCGAAUACAAAUACAGGAUCCCAGCCUCCAGAAGCUGGAGGGGCGGGGCUCCGGGAGCAAGAGGUCACAUCACGAGUGGUGGCUUUAGACAGAGUGCUGGCUGCAAUGCAACAGGCGAGGGAGGAACUGGGGGAGGUGCUGAGGUCAUCGAGGCAAAGAAAACUACCCGCAGGCUGUGAGAUGGCGCUCUUCUUCCCCGUGCGUUCCCAUCAAAUCUGCACCUCUGUCACACCAGAGGUCCCUCUCUCCAUCUCCGCCUUCACUGUCUGCAUGUGGGUGAAGCCGACCGCUGUGUUCAACAGAACCGUGCUGCUCUCCUACGGCACCCGUAACAACCCAUAUGAAAUCCAGCUGCUGCUGGGUGAAACCUCUGCGUUCUUCACCAUCGGCGGAGAGGCUCACCUGGUGGAGGCCAGGGAUGUGGUGAAUCCAGGAGGAGAGUGGAGCCACUUGUGCGGGUCCUGGUCAUCGGAGCAGGGCCUGGCGUCCCUGUGGGCGGGUGGGAAAAAGGUGACCACCACACCCGGAGUGGCGGAGGGACACGUUUUACCCAAGACAGGCUCACUUCAGCUGGGGCAAGAAACCGUCAACUGGCUGACACGGUCCGAUGGAUUCAAUCCAAAGAUGGCGUUCGUGGGGAAGAUGACGGGAGUGAAUAUGUGGGACAGGGUGCUGUCAGAGGAGGAGAUUUCCCAGCUGGCUUUGCAGGAGAGUCAGCACUGCGAUCGGAGGGGGAACGUGGUGGCGUGGGGAGUGACGGAGAUGGUGCCACAAGGAGAAGCCCAGUUCAUCUACUAAGAGAUUCCUUGUGGCGGAACUUUUCAUCAUAAUCAUUCAUCAUCUUCAUUGUGAAUAUCAGCAACAUCGUAAUAUGCUUUCAUGUUGAAACUGAAGAGAGCAACGUACAUCAUCUUUGUCCCUAUAGUUAAAUGUUUUUAAUUAUUAUGUUAUUUUUUUUCUCUCUAUCAUCUCCAUCGCUUUUAUCAUGAACAAUAAUGCUGCAAUGAACUUAACUGGACAUGUUCAAAUGAGAGAAAGGUAAUGUUUUAGAGGUCAUAAUACAAACAGACACACACACACACACACACACAUUCAAACUGAUGUAAAUUCAACUUAGUAAACUUGUAUCGUAGCAGAAAAAGUGCUGCAUUUACCAAAGACUCGACUAAUUAGACUGCAAGGAAGACAAAAAGUCUAUUGUUUUAGUGAACGGGUUCUGAGCCAGUACACAGUGUAAUCAGCAGACAGAGGUCACAGACAAUUACCAGAGAUUAUUUUGUAACUGAAGAGUGAUACAGUUUUUAGAGUAACGAUGCAUUUUAUCUCUUUCUAUCUAGAUUUGUAAAGAAAUAUCUAGUGCACUUAUUCAAUUAAAAAUGUUUUAAGCAUUAAUAUAAUACAAUAUUUUUCUUUCUACCUUUGCAGUCUUGCAGGUAAAACUAUUAGAUGUUGGAGAUUUUCAUAUAUCCCAAUUACAAUUGAAAGCAGAGGUACCACACUCAUGUGUUAAUAAUGUGCUGUCAUGUGCAGUGCAACAUGUAAUGUAUGAAAUACCUGCGACUGAAAUACUUGUUUUCAUACAUGGACAACCAGCAACUGCAGAAACAGCUUCAAAAUUAAUAAUUUUAGCAACUUAUUAAUUAAUUAAUUCAUAAUUUUCUUGAAUUUGUGAAAGCUUUUCAAGCUAUUUAAGACCUUACAUUUCCAUACAUGUACUCAUCAAAGUGUUUACUUUCAUAUGAGAUAUGUAAUUCCAGUUCUGCUCAGUUUUUUUGUGAGCAAUUAAACUAUAGAAUUAUAUUUGUGUGUUCUUUUUUGAUACUGCAUAAAGUAAUAGGAGUAAAAGCGUUAUAUUUGUAUUGUGAGAUUUACAAUAAUUUUGUGUUAUUGUUAAAAGAAACUGAGGACAUUGUUUACACACUAAUCUUUUAUCAACUAAGUUGUCUUGUAUUAUACUGUAAAUUGCUUUUUGAUGUUCUUGUGAAAAGUUGAAAAUGAAUGUAUUUUGUACAUAAAUAUAUUUUGCAUAACAUGACUGGGUGAAUGGAGAGUGAGAUAUGAAUAAACAUUUCAAGUUAUAA